GCAGAAAAUCAGUGCCCACAGUAUGGCGAAGUGAAUCAGCUUGGCGGAGUGUUUGUGAACGGUCGCCCACUACCGAAUGCGACGCGCAUGCGUAUUGUUGAGUUGGCGCGCCUCGGCAUUCGACCCUGCGACAUUUCCCGUCAAUUGCGAGUUAGCCACGGAUGCGUCUCGAAAAUAUUGGCACGCUAUCAUGAAACGGGCUCCAUCCUACCCGGCGCUAUAGGCGGAUCAAAGCCGCGCGUCACCACCCCAAAAGUGGUGAACUAUAUACGCGAACUCAAGCAGCGAGAUCCCGGUAUUUUCGCUUGGGAGAUCCGCGACCGUCUACUUACCGAAGGAAUCUGUGAUAAGACUAAUGUGCCCAGCGUCAGUUCGAUUUCGCGAAUAUUGCGUAACAAACUCGGCUCCAUUGGACAUCACCAUCAUAGCGCCGUAGCCGUGGUGGCAGCAAACAGCACAACUUCUUCACCCCAUCACCAUACGCACACUCAUACACAUUCACAUGGACAUCAUCAUACGUCAGCACAUAAUGCUAGCGUCUCAGCGGUAGCUACAGCAGCGCAUCAUCAACAUGCCGCCGCUGCGGCUGCUGUACACGCACAUCCACACCUCUACAAUUCCAUUUACCAGCCAUAUACUGCGUAUAGCAUGAAAACGGCCGUAUCUUGUGGCAGUCCCUCACCGCCGCAAUCCACACAAACCACACAUCAGUUGCGUACAGCAGCGGCCGCGGCAGCUGCGGCACAUUGUUGGCCCUCAUCGCACUCGGUUAGCGACAUUUUGGCGCACCAUCAGGCGGCGGCGUUACGCGCCAGCUGUCAGGUGGGCAACACAAUGGGCACACUACCGGCCGCACUGCCAAUGACACCAUCACCUAUGGGCGGCAUGAUGGGCGCGGGAGCUCAACAAUUGCUAGGCAACGAUGAUUGCGAUGGCAUGGCGAAUAAUGCGGCGACAGCGACACAGGUUGCAGUGGCAGCAGCGGCGGCGUCACAACAGCCCUACAAUUACUAUAUGUAUUUCCAAAAUACCGGCAUGCAUCAUCAUCAUCAUCAUGGUGGCAUGAUGGCGGCUGGGGCGACUGGAUUAUGAGAUUUGCAUUAGGAGGAGAAUUAGUUUAGGAGGGAGAACGGGGAUAUCGUAAAAGAUGCAGCUGAAACAAAGCUAAAGUAGUCGUUGUUGGUAGAUACAUACAUACUUAUUAGAAGAAGAGUAAAGAAAAACUCAUUAGUGAAUUUCACUUUAGUUCAUAAGUAAAAUUGGUAAUGUGUGUGUAUAUAUGCGCCUAUAUUUAUAUGCAGAUUCAAUGCUAUGCAAUUUUAGAAUAUCUGAAUAUAUAUGUGUAAUAAUUGUACGUAUGCAAGUAUAUUGUUGAUUUGUCAUUCAAAAUAUUAUUGCCAAUUUAUUAAAGAAAAAAAAUAUGAAAUUUGUUUAAAUAAGUAUUUAUUUUAUUGCCAGCUACUUCUUGUUUCGCAAAACAAUUAGAAUAGUUAAAACUAGCGACUAGAAAAACUCUCUCUGGGAUUGCCUAAAAAUCGAAUUUAUGCGCCUAAAAAUAUGUUGUUUUCAGCGGUCAUAAAUUACAAUUCUUCUGUUCCCACUAUUUACAAACACACAUACAUAGAUGUACGUACCCUGUGAGAAAAUCUCUAAUUCUGAACUGGUGCGCUUCUAGUUAAUUUAGACCCAGUACUGGUUGGCGAUAAAUCUUUUUUUUUCUGACUUUGCAGAGGUGUUCGCUGUUAUUGGUUUGAUUACAGACGGUCCCAAGUUGUUAAAAUGUUAACACAAACUUUUGUUUUGAAUGAAAGUGCAUUUAAAUGAAAAAACCCCGC